AUGAGUGCCAUUCACAUAUUCAUUCUGCAGAAUCCUGUUCCUACACUUCUGGGGGAUGUUUAUCACUCCAUUCAUCACAAGAAUAGUCAGAAGAGAGGUUUGGUCAGAUGUUGUGCUCCGUUGCUAUACCGUUGGUUCAGAUCACAUUUGCCUGAGCGUGGAGCUUUCGUUGAUAGUAGGCACACAUCUAAAUGGGCUGAAAGGAUUAUGGGGCUUAGGGCCAAGGACAUUGUCUGGUAUAAUAGAUCUUUGGAUAACAUGGAAGUUGUUAUGAGUUGUGGAAAGUUCAACAAUGUACCUCUCAUGGGUAUCAGAGGUGGGAUCAAUUAUAAUCCCGUCUUGGCUAGGAGAACUUAUGGAUAUGCUUUUAUCAAUCCUCCUGAGCAAACUGAGAUUGCUGAGAACAUUUUCUAUCAUGCGGCCACCAACAACGGACAAAUGGCAGAAGCUGUGCAAGCCUGGAAGAGUAUUUGUUGGAGAGAUAAGAAGCAUUUUGGACAGAGAGAUAAUGCAACUUAUGGAGACUAUACUGAGUGGGUCAAGACUGUGGCCAAUACCCAAGGGAUGCCUUUCCCUCCUAAGGACCCUUUGUACCCUCCUGCUGAGCUUGAAGAAUUAUAUGCUAGAGGGAGCACUUCUCAGAAGAGGCCAAGAAUGACUGUGAAUUCUAAAACUACUGAAACCCAAGAGAAGAAGAUAAAGGAACAUUACGAGGCUCAGUUGGCAGAAUUGACUAAAAAGCUCCAGAUUCAGACUGAAAACGCCAAUUCAGAGAAAUCUCGUCGCAAGAAAGCAGACAAACUCUUGCUGGAUCGUCAGAAUACCAUAGAGAAGUGUUAUGAAGAGAUUCGAAAGCUGAAGGGCCAGAUAAGAGAAAAGGACCAGAGUAAUGCCCAAGUUCAAGAGGAAGCUAGGUAUUGGGAGGUGAAGAAUCGUCACAUGGAAACAAUGCACUUCAGAAAAGACCUGCUGAUUCAAGAGAUCAUUAAGAGACCCACCCGUGUUGAGACCAAGAAGCUCUUUGAAGAAAUGAAGACUUGGAGUGAUAAGAACAUUGGGGAGAGCCCCCUCCGUCAUGUGGAUAUGGAGGACCCUGCUUAA